AAGAUAGUUGGGAUGGGUAGAAAAAUGGAAGAAAUGGAAUGUGAUGUUGAAGUGCAAAUCCAUAACGUUCUAGAGAAGCACAUCUUUGAUUUCGUCAAGUCAAGCACAUUUGGGAACAUAGUGGACCUCUACCCACUGCUAGCCAUGGUUUUAGCCUUCAAUAGUGACUAUAGGAAAAGAGUAAAGGCUCAACAUCUUAAAGCCUGGGUUCCUUUGAACCCACCCAGGCGCUGGGUUCCUUGCGAACCCAGCACGCUUGCCCGGGUUGGGUUCAGGAACCCAAGGGUUACACCUGGGUUCCAACCCACGCUAGAACCCAAGUGCUGGGUUCCCAGGGGAACGCACGCCUGGGAAUCCAGCGCGUGGGUUCCAUGGAACCCAGGCGUGGGUUCCAUGGAACCCAAGCGUGGGUUCGCCUGGGAACCCAGGCGUGGGUCCUUCGAACCCAGCGCCUGGGUUCCAACCCACGCCUGGGUUCGAAGAACCCAAGGAAAGCAAGGCAAGGAAGAGGAAGGAAACAAAAAAGGGCAUUGUUGGGUUCGAUUCAACCUAGGUGCUGGUUUUGUUUGGUGCUGGGUUUGUUUGCUGGAGGAAGAAGAUGAUGGCAAAUUCGUAAUUUUGGUGGGUCCCACUUUUGUUGGUUGGGCAAGGAGAUGACAUGUCACGUUGCCAUGUCAUUAUUUAUUCAUUUAUACAACUGAUGUGUCUCAAAUGUUUGACAUGUCAUUAAAUUGUCUGAGAUAACGAGAGAGCAACCAUCUUCCUUAUUGUAUCUGCCCGUUGAGAUCUUAUCUGUAAACACUAUCUAAUUUUAAAGAGCGAAGGAGAGGAUAGACGAUUUCGCAUAUUUCUCCUAAAAUUUCUGUUCCUCUUUCUUGUUUCUUUGUUUCAGUUACCAUGCGAGGGGUAUCCUUCUUUUUCAAAAAUUUUACAAAUCUCAUCUCCUUCCUUUCUCCUUUCCUUAAAAAAAUCCCAAUUAAAAUCUUACCUAUGCA